AUGAUCAAUGAAGUGUGGACCACAUCCAAAUGGAAACGUUUAUCACAAUCAGGGAAAAAUAACAGAAAUAAAUUAGAAGAUGGCUCUGUUUCCAAACAUACUGGGGGUUCUAUAUCUAUUCGUCAACAUAAGAAAAGAAUGCAAGAAACACUUAAAUGCCUUCCUACAGGAGUUGAACUUUAUGCAAGGUUGCACACUAAACAGUCUACUCAAGAGUACAUUACACCAAAGGAAGCUAAAGUUCAGGCUUAUGAAAGUGCUAUGGUGGCUAAGUUUGGUGAUGAUACUAGUUGCCACCCCCUCUUGGAUAAUGAAACAUGGUGUGAUGUUUCCGGAGGAGUCAAGAAAGGAAGAAUAUAUGGAUUCGGAUCUGUGUCUGAUCCAGCGAGCUUUUUGGAAGGAACAUCUAGUACAAUAACAUCCCAAGAGAUGCAUGGGGAAAUGAAUGCUAAAGAUGCAGAAAUGGAAGCUAAACAUCAACAAAUGCGUGAGGAAAUGGAUGCCAAAGCUGCAACAAUAGAUGCCAAACAACAAAUUGAUGCAAAAUAUGAAGCAAUGGAGAAGAUGUAUGCAGCCUUGCAAAAUAUGAUGGGAAAUUGA